AUGUAUCCCAUCUCUACUUCCUCUUCUCCCGCCUCUUCGGCACCUGCCUCUCCCACAGAGGACAAGCAGGGUUACUUCCCUUCCACUAACUUUGUCAACCCCAGCAUUCGUAUUCAUGAAUGCGGCAAGUAUGGUACUUGCAACUGCGCUGGCUGCACUGGAUGCAAUGGUGAUGUUUACUGCAUUACCAGCCAGCAGUGCUACAAGUGCUACUGCGAGUGUAAAGUCUAA